CGACAACAUUGCUGCCGUCGGGAAAAGUUUAUUUCUCUCCAUAAGAAAUAAAACAAGAGGUCUCAGUGUGCAGAAAUGUCUGCUGCCAGCUGUCUGCUAUCUGAAGAUCAGUUCCUGUGCUCCAUCUGUCUGGAUGUGUUCACUGAUCCAGUCACCACACCAUGUGGACACAACUUCUGCAAAACCUGCAUCACUCAGCACUGGGAUGUUAACAUCCCGUAUCAGUGUCCCAUGUGUAAUGAGGUUUUCUACAGAAGACCUGAGCUGCGGAUCAACACUUUCAUAUCUGAGAUGGCUGCUCAGUUCAGUUUAGCUAAAAAGAAAGCCAGCAGCCGCUCAGAUCAACGAUGUGCCAAACCAGGAGAAGUUCCCUGUGACGUCUGCACCGGGACCAAACUGAAGGCCCUGAAGUCCUGCCUGGUGUGUCUGGCCUCCUACUGUGAGACUCACCUGGAGCCUCAUCAGAGAAUCACAGGCCUGAAAACACAUCAGCUGAUCGAUCCUGUGGACAACCUGGAAGGCAGGAUGUGUAAGAAGCACGAUAAACCACUGGAGCUUUUCUGCAAGACUGACCAGAUGUGUGUAUGUCUGCUCUGCACUUCAGACCACAAGUCACAUGACAUUGUUCCUCUGAAAGAAGAAUAUGAAGGAAAGAAGGCUGAGCUGGGGAAGACAGAUGCUGAAAUUCAGCAGAUGAUCCAGAAGAGACGAGUGAAGAUUCUGGAGAUCAAACGGUCAGUGGAGCUCAGCAGGGAAGAUGCAGACAGAGAGAUAGCAGACAGUGUGCGGGUCUUCACUGCUCUGAUGCAGUCUGUUGAGAGAGGCCAGGCUGAGCUCAUUGACAUGAUUGAAGAGAAGCAGAAAACAACAGAGAAACAGGCUGAAGGCUUCAUCAAAGAGCUGCAGCAGGAAAUCUCUGAGCUGAUGAGGAGAAGCACUGAGGUGGAGCAGCUCUCACACACUGAAGACCACCUCCACCUCCUCCAAAGCUUCCCAUCCCUCAGCGCUCCUCAACACACCAAGAACUGGACAGAGGUCAGAGUCCAUCGCUCAUCAUAUGUGGGGAGUGUGAGGAGAGCUGUGGCUCAGCUGGGGGAGACGCUCAGUAAAGAGAUGAAGAAGCUGUGUGCUGAUCUUGAGCUGAAGAGGGUCCAGCAGUUUGAAGUGGAUGUGACUCUGGAUCCUGAUACAGCACAUCCUGCUCUCAUCCUGUCUGAUGAUGGGAAACAAGUAAAGCAUGGUGAUGUAAAGAAGAAUCUCCCAGACAACCCAGAGAGAUUUUCUUCUUGUGUGUCUUUCUUAGGAAAGCAGAGCUUCUCUUCAGGAAGAUUUUACUACGAGGUUCAGGUUAAAGGGAAGACUGACUGGACUUUAGGAGUGGCCAGAGAGUCGAUCAACAGGAAGGGACCAAUCACUCUGAUCCCCAAGAAUGGCUACUGGACCAUAUGGCUGAGGAAUGAAAAUGAGUACAAAGCUAAUGUUGACCCUGGUGUCCGUCUCUCUCUGAAGUCUCAGCCUCAGAAGGUGGGGUUGUUUGUGGAUUAUGAGGAGGGUCUGGUCUCCUUUUAUGACGUAGAUGCUGCAGCUUUUAUCUACUCCUAUAGCGGCUACAGCUUCACUGAGAAACUCCUCCCAUACUUCUGUCCCUGUGAUAAUGAUGGUGGUAAAAACUCGGCCCCUCUGAUCAUCUGUCCUGUCAAUCAAACAGAUUAGUCUGCCAUAACAAUAAGUUUUUUUCAGAAAUCAUUUCCUGCCAUUUAAGCUUAAAAUUGUAA